AUGGGCCAAGCCGACAGGCAACCCAUUAGCUCUAUGACCCGGAUUAUAAUACCGUGUAAGGAUGAGAUCUCUCCCUAUAAUUUCUCUGGCCGGGGUAUCGGCGAAUCCUGGGUAUCAGCGGAAAGGGUGAUUGUUGGCCUUCUAGCUUUAGGGAUAUCCAAGAAAUCAUACACCACGCCUAGCCAGGGAAGGAUAGAUAGAAUGGGCCACACAGUCGAUGAUAUGGGCACCCUCAUUAUGCAUGAGGCAAAACGGACAUGCAUGCCUUAG